GUCCUGGCGCUCUGGCUUGGCACAGCGGAAGCUGGUCCAGAGCAACCGACACCCCUGUCGGAGAAGUCGACAGCUCUGAAGAAGGUUACGCAGCUUCUGACAGAGCUCACGUCACAGCUCAAGGAGGACAAGGAGGCAGAUCAGAAGCAGUUCUCCGAGUAUGAGAAGUUGACAAAGGCAAGUAUUACCUCAGCCACUGCCACGGUGGAGCAAUGCACCACGCAAGUUGCUGAAUUGAAGGCGAGCAUCGUCACGGCGGAAGCUCAGCAGGCUGAAAAGAAGAGCCUCCUGGAAACG